GACUCUGGCUAAAGGUACAUCAGAUAAUGCCAUCUGUGGCCAAGCCCCUUCCCGCCGCGGGGCAGGCCCAGCGAGGGACUCCGGGGCCAGGUGAGGAGCCGGCCGGCCGUCAGCUGCUGGCUCCUCCACCCAGGCCACUCCGGGAGGUCAGGCACCAGAAAGCCCUCCUGUCUGUGCUGCCUGUUGACCAUGAGUGACCUCCCAUCCUUGACCCCCGUGGGGUCCUCAGGACUCCAGCUAAGCAAAGGCCCCCGGGGCUCCUCGGAGGAGGUUCCUGGAGCUGCAUCAGAGCCUCGGCACAGCCUGGGCGUCUUCCAUGCCUCCUACAGCGUCAGCUACCGCGUCGGGCCCUGGUGGGACAUCGCAUCUCGUCGGCAGCGGUGGAACAGGCAGAUCCUCAAAGAUGUCUCCUUGUACGUGGAGAGCGGGCAGAUCAUGUGCAUCUUGGGGAGCUCAGGCUCCGGGAAAACCACGCUGCUGGACGCCGUGUCCGGGAGGCUGCGGCGCCAGGGGACCUUGCUCGGGGAGGUGUGCGUGAACGGCCAGGCGCUGCGCAGGGACCAGUUCCAGGACUGCUUCUCCUACGUCCUGCAGAGCGACACUCUGCUGAGCAGCCUCACGGUGCGCGAGACGCUGGGCUACACGGCGCUGCUGGCCAUCCGCGGGGCCUCCCGGGCCUUCAUCCAGAAGAAGGUGGAGGCCGUCAUGGCCGAGCUGAGUCUGAGCCACGUGGCCGACCAACUGAUCGGCAACUACAACUUCGGGGGAAUCUCCACAGGCGAGCGGCGGCGGGUCUCCAUCGCAGCCCAGCUCCUCCAGGAUCCCACCAUCAUGCUGUUUGAUGAGCCGACGACAGGCCUGGACUGCAUGACUGCAAACCAGAUCGUCGUCCUCCUCGCAGAGCUGGCCCGCAGGAACCGCAUUGUGAUCCUCACCAUCCACCAGCCCCGCUCCGAGCUCUUCCAGCUCUUUGACAGAAUCGCCAUUCUGAGCUUCGGAGAGCUGGUUUUCUGCGGGACGCCGGUGGAAAUGCUUGAGUUCUUCAGUGGCUGUGGCUACCCUUGUCCCGAACAUUCAAACCCUUUUGAUUUCUAUAUGGAUCUGACAUCAGUGGAUACCCAAAGCAAAGAACGGGAAAUGGAAACCUACAAGAGAGUCCAAUCGAUUGGAUCUGCCUUCAGAGAAUCAGCAAUUUAUCACAAAACCUUGGAGAAUAUCGAAAGAACAAAACACCUGAGAACAUUACCAAUGGUUCCUUUCAAAACCAGAGACUCCCCUGGAACUCUUUCUAAACUGUGUGUUCUUUUGAGGAGAGUGACGAGAAACUUAAUGAGAAAUAAGCUGGCAGUGGUUAUGCGUCUGGUUCAGAAUCUGAUCAUGGGUUUGUUCGUCAUUUUCUUCCUUGUACGGGUCCAGAACGAUGUGCUCAAAGGUGCUUUCCAGGACCGCGUGGGUCUCCUGUACCAGUUUGUGGGUGCCAUGCCAUACACAGGCAUGCUCAACGCAGUGACUCUGUUUCCUGUGCUGCGAGCGGUCAGUGAUCAGGAGAGCCAGGACGGCCUGUACCAGAAGUGGCAGAUGCUGCUGGCCUAUGUGCUGCACGUCCUCCCCUUCAGCGUCAUUGCCACUGUGAUCUUCAGCAGUGUGAGCUACUGGACUCUGGGCUUGUACCCCGAGGUUGCCAGAUUUGGAUAUUUCUCUGCUGCUCUCCUGGCCCCCCACUUAAUUGGGGAAUUUCUAACUCUUGUGCUACUUGGAAUGGUCCAAAACCCAAAUGUGGUCAACAGUAUAGUGGCUCUGCUCUGCAUUGCUGGGGUGCUGGUGGGAUCCGGACUCGUAAGGAACAUAGAAGAAAUGCCCAUUCCUUUUAAAAUCUUCACUUAUUUUACAUUCCAAAAAUACUGCUCUGAGAUUCUUGUAGUCAAUGAAUUCUAUGGACGGAAUUUCACUUGUGGCAGCUCAAAUGGUUCUGUGACAGCUAAUCCAAUGUGUGCCUUCAAUCAAGGACUCCAAUUCAUUGAGAGAAUCAGCCCGGGUGCAACAUCCCGAUUCACAGCAGACUUCCUGAUCCUGUAUGCGUUUAUCCCAGCUCUUGUCCUCCUGGGAACAGUUGUGUUUAAAGUGCGGGAUCAUCUCAUUAGCAGAUAGUAAAGCACAUUGCUGUGAGAAUGGAACUGAAGCUCCUAGAGGUGCCUGGCUGCGUUGAAUGUCUGAAGUAAGAAUGCCUCCUGUUUCUGUCUUGACAGUACACCUGAAGUCUUUUAAACCAUUAAGACUCCUUUUGUGCCCUUGGAUCCAUGAGGCCUUGAAUGCUAUUCCAAGUUGUAGGGACAUGUGGUAUUUAGAAAUUGUGACUAAGCCAGUCCAAAAUGUAGAUAAUAAUACUUCAUAAAGUUAUGGAGACUGUACUAUUUGUUUUCUUUGCUUUAGAGAGAAAAAUAGGUCGGUUAAAAAAUUAUGCUUACGUUCGCUAAAGGAUUCAAUAAAAAGAAUCCUGAAUAGUUAGCAGAAAAGGGAGUGGUUAAAGCAAAGCGUCAUGAAGAAUUGGGUAAGAAUGCUUUCAUUGUUAUUUAAAAACUCACAGUUAUGUGCACAUGUCCACGUGAGGGUUCUGAGUUACCUGAUGACAUCAAGAGGAUGGUGGACAGAUGCUGGAUGAUGAAGACCACUGGUCCAGAGUACUCAGUGAUUUUAUGGAGGGUUACAAUAAAAAACUGCAGGAAUGGCUGAACUGAGAACACAGCACAUCAGGCACACCUCUUGUAAUGUUUUUAAAGAUUAGCUGGCUAUUUUUCACUUCCACUUAGUUUACUUAUAAAAUUAAAAGUAAAUAUUAUUAGAUAAAGUGUUUGCACUGAGAAAUGACAUCUUUAAGGUUGGGGAGCAGCUAUUAUUGAAAGUCCAUGUAGACAAAAUGCUCAACGGACACAACAUUUACACUCAGAAGAAUAAGGUUACACACUGGGAGUUCAUGUUCUUGAACUGUAAAGAGAAAGAAUGCUGAUGAAUACAAACACCUAUAUUAUAUAUUUUUAGGGAUCGAAUGUUGUACAUAGAUUGUAUAUAAAUGGUAUAUACGAAAUGACUAUCUUUCUGAUUGAUCUUCAAGAAAUUCAUGUAUAAGUCUGAAAUAAGACUGUCUCAAUGUUACCAUGGUAACUCUGAGUGAGAAUAUCUUAGCACAAGAACUUGUUCAGUUACUAUGACCCAACUUGUAAAGAAUGAUAAAUUAUAGCAUUUGAAAUGUCUCACAUUAUAGUAGGAAAGAUCAUUUCAUUAAGGAAACCACAGUAAAAUUCUAUUUCUUAGAACAGUAUUUAAAGAUCUGGAGACAUUGGUGAAUUACCAGAAUCGUACUGUCAAUUUUUAUAAAAGGUCUCUGACACUGAUGAUUAUGGUGUAAUAGUUACAUAAUGCCUCACAGAUUAUAUAUGUCACAUCAAUUAUAGACAAUUCUGCAGAUGAUAAUCUAUUAAAGUAGUUCAAAGAGAGUUCCACAGGAACCUCUUUAGAAAUCACUGAUUUCAACUUACUAAAGAUAUGGGUGCACAAUGUAAGUGGAAACAUUUUCUAUUCAUAUGCAGAUGAAUUUCAUUCUAGCUCAGAAACACUUGGAAAAGUGACAGAACACGUGACUUCAAGCUAUUAAAUGUUAGGGAUACCAUCUCUGAGAAACACAGUGACUUUCACAAUGUGACAGUUUGUGUCUUAAGUCAAAAAUGGACAUGAUGUGUAAGGAAAUCAAAUUAUAUAAUAAAAAUUCCUAUUACUAUUGUGGA